GGAGUGAUGAGGGGCUGCCAGUGCUUUGCCUUCGAGCUUCUGCGUGCGUGGUCAACAAACAUGUGCAAUGCUGUGCCCGUUUUCUGUUGUGCCAGCGUGGGCCAAGGCAUCUUGAGUGAUACAUGGCGUUGCCUGCUCGAAACAGCAAGCAUCGGCACGUGUGAUGGUUGGGUGGGAGUUCGUAUCGGUUACGCAAGUCGCACACGAUCUUUUGCACAUCUUGCCCAUUCUCGUUGAAAGCAAUCUCUUCAGGAGAUCCGAAAGCUUGAAGCUAUGAUUCCAGUGGCAGCUUCUCCCUGGGAGGAGUAAUCCCUGCCGCGUCACUUGCCGAACACAUCGCGUGCACGUUCAAUCUUUUUGCAGUCCGAGCGUGGGAGCAAGGCGCUCAAUCAGUCUGCGGAGCCACUUGUAUGUGGGCGGAUCUAUAAUGGUAAAUAGGUGUUGUAUUGUUUUUUCGACUGCGUGUGCUGUGGUUCGAAAGUGCACUGGUGUAGAGCUUCGUGCAUUGCCGUGGUUUGUCGGAGCGGGCUCAAGUCGGUCGGAAUGCGGCGUUGGCCUUUGUGGAUCGUCUUGUUGGGUAUAGGCAUCGAUGGGGAAGUCCCAGAACCUUUCAAGGUAUCCGACGAAGUGCUUCAACGACUUCGGGCGGACGCGGAAGCUGAUAUGCUUUACUUUUUGUCUUGCGUGUCUGAGCAGUGUAAGACUUGGAAGCCCCGUGGUGGCAAUUUGAGUGGUGGGCGUCCUGCGCGCACACUUGCACUGUGAUGUUCAUUUGCUCCGUCUGUGUUGAGUCUCUGGCAUCAGUUUGUGUCCUUUGAACUUUCAAGCAGGGAAGCGAUGUCUAAUGCGGUACACGCGUGCUGGAUGCACAUGGCUCUUUGACUGAUGCGCCCGCUCUAAGGAGGAGUCCGGACGAAACGAUGGACAAGUGAAGGCAGACCCAGAGAUGAUGCGCAUACUUCAGCAGGAUCCGGAGGUCAUGAAGCGCAUGCACGACCAGCUCGAGAAGAGCCGAAGCGACGGCGGCUUCCAUGUUCCGGAGGGUGCAUCGACGGAGCUGACGCCCGAGCUUGAGGAGCUGCUGCAAGAGCAGGACCCCGAGCUGUUGAAAAUGAUCAAGGAGGGGAGGUCCCCCCACGACGAGAUGCCGAGAGAACAGCAGGGCCAGCCCAUUCCGCAGGAUGGCCAGUUGGAGGAGGGCCAAGUUCCCCAAAUGCUGACUCGUGCGCUCGAUCAGGUCCUGUCCAGCGCCUUCGACCAGGACGCCUCGGAGGUGCCCAACGCCACCUCCACCGAGGCCCUUGUCGCCUGCCUGCCGCAGGAGUCGUGCUCCUCGUUCGUGAGCCAGACGAGUGCGGGCUUGGAGCUACUUCUCAAGCAGAAGCGGAAGCCGGCUCGGAAGGGCCUCUUGGCCAUCGCGGAGGCGGUGCAUGCGCUUUCCGAGGCAGCCAAGGUGCACUGCGGCAAUGAUGCACGUGGUGCUUCCGUGCUGGGCGACCUGGCCGUCCGCCUGGUCGAGCGCCUGAAGGAGAAGGCAGCCUUCGAGUACAGGAGGCUCAAGGUCUUCAAGGUCGGCCACGUGGACCUGCGCGAGAGGCUGAACGUCUUCGUGUUUGUGUGGAAGAUGUGCAAGGAGGCAGAAGAUGCUCGUGCCUUAGGAAAGGCGCUGGCGGAGCUGCUGAUGUUCCACUCGAAGAAGGCGUCCGAGCCCCCCUCGGAGGAUGACGACGAGCUGUGAGCGCCCCGGCCGGAGGGGCUGCCACGAGGGAGCUCGGCGGCUCCACGCGGUAGCGUGGCCGACGCGGAGGUCGCCCGACCCGCCAGCCCGAAGAGCGGACCUCCGGCCGGACGACGG